AUGGUUCACCAUCUGAUAAGGAUUCAAGGCGUCGGUAAACGAAGCAACAAAAGUACCUCUCAAGACCCAGAAAGAUGGAAUCUAGAAGACAUGAAGAAGGCCCAGAUCGACUCAAAGACACUGAAUACACUUCAGUGUGGUUUGACAAAAGAAGAAUUGAACUAUGUCAGCCUGCAUGAGAAUGUGAAGGAGCUGUGGGACAAGCUGGUCGAAUUACACGAGAGCACGACCAAUUCAAAGGAUGGUGAGAUCACAAGUCAACUCCAUGCCAGAAUAAGGAAUAUCAUGAACGGUCUUCACCUAAUCGGGCAUCGACGUGAGAACCACGAUCUGAUAAGAAUUACAUGA